GGGUAUUGUCUUUACUUAGUCUAUCCUUCAAUCUAAAGGCGGAACACACUGUAGUUUCUUUCCAAAAUUAUUAGGAACAACGUGGUUAAAAAUUUGAUCUAUUUCUCUUCUCCUAUACUCACUCAACUAAAAAGCUAAUCUGUCGUGCGCAAGGGCGGACUAAACCGGAAACCAGAGACCGUGUAAACCGAAGAUGGCCUCCACACGCAUGAUCAACGCUUUUACCCGCAAUCGCAGCUUGUACAGAGGGAUCCAGGGCACUUGGAAGACGUACAAUAUGUUCGGGGAACCACUGUUGAGCCAUAGGCAGCAUUUCCAAGUCCUGAGGGGAUUGGCAAGUAUAGCGGAUAAGUGCGACAGCAAGACGGUGAUCAAGGGCGUGGUGGUGGGCGUGUAUUCGAAGGAGGGCGAUGGAAAGGAGGCCAAGAUGACGUCCAGCGGCGAGAAGUUCGACGACCGAACGCAGGGCAAGGUAUCGGAGCUGCUGCGCGAAACGGGCAUCAAAGGGGAGCUGGGCAAGGGCAAGGUAUUCAUGAACGUGGAUGCCGAAUUCCGGGCUGUGGCGGUGGUGGGUCUGGGUCAAGAGGGCGCCGGCUUCAAUGACCUGGAGAACAUCGACGAGGGCAUGGAGAAUGCCCGCGUGGCCGCCGGCGUGGGAGCUCGUGCCCUGCAGCUCCAGGGCUGCACGGAGGUCUUCGUGGACUCGAUGGAGUAUCCGGAGCAGGCGGCGGAGGGCAGUGCCCUGGCCAUUUGGCGCUAUAACAGCAACAAGCGCAAGCAGGAUCGCACUCUGGUACCCAAACUGGAUCUCUAUGACUCACCGGAUGUGGAUGCCUGGACGAGAGGUCUGUUCAAGGCUGAAUCGCAGAACCUGGCCCGAAGAUUAACUGAUGCGCCGGCUAAUCAGAUGACUCCCACCAUUUUCGCCCAGUCAGCGGUGGAUGCCCUAUGUCCUUGCGGCGUUUCCGUGGAGGUGCGCUCCAUGGAUUGGAUAGAGACGAAUAACCUCAACUCGUUUUUGAUGGUGGCCAAGGGAAGCUGUGAGCCGCCGGUGGUCCUGGAGGUCAGCUACUGCGGCACAGCGCCAGAGGACAGACCCAUAUUGCUCUUAGGCAAGGGAUUGACCUACAACAGUGGGGGAUUGUGCCUGCGGCCCAAGAAUUGUCUGCACAUGUACCGCGGCUGCAUGGCCGGAGCAGCGGUUUGUGUGGCCGCCAUUCGGGCUGCAGCUGCUCUGUCCCUGCCCGUGAACAUCUCGGCCGUACUGCCGCUCUGCGAGAACAUGCCCUCCGGAAUGGCAGUUAAGCCGGGCGAUGUGGUCACCCUGCUGAAUGGCAAGACCCUGGGUAUCGUGGAUGUGAGCAAGGCCGGAACGGUUGUGAUGGCUGAUCCCCUGCUCUUUGCCCAGACCACCUAUAAGCCGCGUCUGGUGGUGGAUCUGGCCACCGUGGGUUACGGCGUGUGUGCUGGCCUUGGAGAAUCUGCGGCCGGAAUGUUUACCAACUCCAAUUUCAUAGCCAAGCAGUUCGAAAAGGCAGGCGGGCUCACGGGAGAUCGGAUUUGGCGCUUGCCAUUGUGGCGCUACUUCAAGCAGCUGGUGACCCCGAAUCUCACCUUCGACAUCAGCAACCGGGGGAUUGGCCCCGCCUCCAGUUGCAUUGCCGCCGCCGUGCUGCACGAACUGGUGCCCUGUGCAGAUUGGGCGCAUAUAGAUAUCCGGAAUGUGGGCAUGCUGACGCGCCACAAUCCGCUGCCCUAUCUGCUCAAGGAUCGGAUGACCGGCAGACCCACCCGCACCCUCGUACAGUUCCUAUACCAGAUGGCCUGUCCGGAUAGCAAGUGAUCUCCGGAUCUGGAUCGUCCGCACCUAAGUCGCUAGAUUCCACAUUUUUCGUUUCAUUUUUCUUCUGUUUUGUGUCCGUUUCGGUGUUUGUUCUUACUCUUAUCCUGUCCCCAUGUCCAUGGCUUGUCCAAAUUUAUUGUUUAGUGUUCCGUGUGCAGCGGACAACUCAACUAUUGAAUUUUUACUGUUCAAAUGACAAUGAAUGGCUGCUAAGGAGGCAACUACCAACUGCGCAGAAUUAAAUGGUUAAAAAAAUGA